CCCGUGAGAGGUGAUGUCACGAGCGCUGCCCGUGUACGUUCCAGCUGACUCUUGCUACGAUACCGAGCGAGCGCUCGCUUUACCGAGUGCCCGGAGAAAGAAAGAGAGAGAGAGAAAGAAAGAGGUUGCGGAGGUUAGCUACAAAAAUAACGAGAAAGAGAGAGAGAGCAACAAAGAGGGCAGAGGAAUAAUAACAGCCAUCAGUCUUAACCGUCACAGCUCACGUUUAAUUGUUUAUUAUAUUCUGAAGAGGGGAACCAUCUUUUAUUUGCACACGGAGUUUUUCCAGCUCUCUCGAUUCGGUUUAGUCAGAUAUUGUAGUUUACUCGCAGUUUCCUGCCGACGGUGUGGGACUAAACCGUAUCUCAGGCUCCAUGGACGCCCGUCUAAUCCAACUCAUUCGUUUUUUCGGGGAAUAUUUCUGUCCUGGCCGCGAGGAGCACCAGUUAAAUGCGAUGACAUACGUCAACAAAUGAGCGGCGAUCCACGGAAAGGUUUAUUGGAGGCGAAACAAUCAACACAGUAUUCUUUCAAAGGAGCCAGCGCGUUUGAAGAGGAUGAAGUACAACUCUGGCAUCUUUCUCACUUGAGCGGACCGUACAGGACGUCAAAUCAGUUUCCUAAUGGGAACGCACUGGGACUGUGAAUACGAAUUUUAAAUGCUCGUAAACUUUCAUACGCACCUUUAUAGUUCAACUGCCAAAACUCUGUUUUUUCUACAUUUCUACUUGUGAUUGCAACACUUGAUUCGGUCAGCCAGCUCCACUGUCCAGUGGUCUGAAAAGUUACUAACUGGUUAAACCUGGACUAGGUGUUACACCGAGGAAUGUCCAGGCCAAUUUCUCAGCUUUUGCCACCUGACCUUCCAGCAGGAACCAGUCCACAGCUCGGUCCUGCUAACCCCGCAGGUACCACCACCAAUGGCCACCUGAACAAUUCCAUGGCCAGUCUGAAAUCCCUUCUUCAGCUGCCUAUUAAAGGGGACCAGAGAGGGAAAGACUGCUGUGCUGAGAUGAAAGAUAAAGACAAACCUAUAGACUCCGAUGAAGAUUCAUUGGGUGGAGUUGGGGGCAUAAACGGUGGGAAUGGCACCCUACGUUCCACAAACCAGUCCGCCUUCCUCGGCCCAUUGCUAUGGGAGCGAACGCUGCCGUGUGACGGCGGCCUGUUUCAGCUACAGUACAUGGACCUGGAGGAGUUCUUGACAGAGAAUGGAAUGGGGUGCAUGCCGUCGGGAAACACCUGCAGUACGGCGGCACAGGUCCCUUCUCAGAGCACGCAGUCGGCCGUACCCAGCCAGAGCUCCCAGUGCCCACCUUCUUCCUCUCCGCCCUGCUCUUCUUCCGCAUCCUCCAUCUCUUCCCUCUCCUCAUCGUCUUCAUCAUCCUCUUUAUUGGGUCUGGAUGUGCCGCAGGGCCCUGGACUGCUGGGAGGUCCAGAGUGUCUGCAUGGGGCUCAGACUGUACCACCUGACCCUUCUCCAAGCCCCUCUUGCCCACCUCCGCCAGUGGUGCCGCCCACGAACGUGGCUGACGUCAUGGUGAACUUCGAUCCCGACCCUGCUGACCUCGCCCUGUCCAGUGUGCCAGGCCAGGAGGCGUUUGACCCGCGCAGGCAUCGCUUCACAGAGGAAGAGCUGAAGCCUCAGCCAAUGAUCAAGAAGGCCCGCAAAAUGCUGGUGCCAGAUGAUCAGAAGGACGACAAGUACUGGAGCCGACGCUACAAGAACAACGAAGCGGCAAAACGUUCUCGCGAUGCCCGCCGACUCAAGGAGAACCAGAUUUCAGUCCGAGCGGCGUUCUUGGAACGGGAAAACGCCGCCCUUCGCCAGGAGGUCGCCGAUAUGCGAAAAGAGCUGGGCCGCUGUCGCAACAUCAUCAGCAAAUACGAAAGCCGCCACGGAGACUUAUGAAGAGAAGAAAGAAAGAACAGAAGGAAGAGAAAGACAAUUACUGAUUUUGAACAGCAUUUCAAGGGCUGUUCAACUCAUCCUGGAAUGGCAUUUUCUCGUAGCGUUUGCUUCAAAAAAGCACUACGAUACUCUGUUCGCUAAUUGACAUUUCUUUCCGUACGUUCAGGGAUCGGUCGAAUUAGCUGGUGUGGUGCUUGUUUGAAACAAAUACUUGAAAAGUGUGGUUCAAAGUUGAACAGCCCCAGCACGAGGGAUGUGCACAAGGUCUACGCGAAAGCACAAGUGCAUUUCAUCUUCUACGAUACCACCCCCGAACCUUGACUGAGGAUGUGCAAUCCAAUCUCUCAUAAAUACUCACGGAUCAUAAAAGCAGAUAAUUUAUAACGUCACGUAGCCCUUGUGAACAUCCUCUUUCUAUACGGGAUGAUUUUCUCAGAGAGAGAAUUAUACAGGAGGUGGUAGAGAUGUAAUUUUUUCUAUGACAAAAAAACAUUGUAUAUUUUUGAACUGUUAGGGUCAGCUAUAAUAGAGUAGAUGAAGAGGCGGAGGAGGCAACGCGGAUGGCGGCGAGAGCGCUAAAGAGAUUUUGACAUAGGAAAACUGUAUAUUUUUAUACUUGCGGAAGCAGGCAGGCGAUGAGAUUUUGGAAAUAAUCUUUUGUAUAUUUUAUAUAUGGGUGGGAGGGUAGGGGAGCUGGACCGAAAGAGGGCUACAUGAAGAAAAAGUCAGGAACGUUAUCAUUAAAUGAUAUAUUUUCAACAUCAGGAGCAGUCAGGCAGGUCAGGAAGAACAAGACUAAAGGGACGAACGCCAAUAAGACUUACGAAAAGAAACGGAUAGGGAGCUGAUAGGAAACUACAAAUAGCGAACGUGAAAACUGUAUAGUUUCAAUUUGUUCAAGCACUUGUUUUGGUAUCUUUAAUUCCUUUUCUUAAAAUUCAGUGUGUGUGCUCGUUUUAUCCUGAGGUGAGAGAGAGACAGAGAAAGAGAGAGAGAGAAAUGGCAUUACGUACAUCCUGUCUCGGGAGUUGCGGAACGUGUACAAUGUAUAUAUUUAGAUGUUAAAGCAAAUACGUCCACACGCACUCACACACAUGCUGUUUUUAACACAAACUGGACGUGGGUUUUCAUGGCCAGUACUAUUAUAUAUAUGCACAGACUGACUCUUUGAAGACGUGAACCAUGGAACUGUUAAACGCAGCAAUAUCGUUUCUCUCUCUUUCUCUCUUCCUCAAGCUUUUGACGUUGUGUUCGGUGCUGGUUUGGCGUUUCUCACCCAGGUCGAGUCGGCAGCGAGUGGGUUGCAUGCUGGCGCAUGCUUGCAUAUUUUUCCGCCGCAGGAAAAAACACUCUUGGUGUUUACGACCGUCAUUUUAUAUGGUGCUCACCCAGUCUCUUGACCCAGACGCACAUAACCCGACAGUUUGCCUAUAACCUUUUAUGAUUUCUUAUGAUUAUUGAUCAUUGUAUGAGGGAUCGUAUAUAUAUAUACAUAGACCUACACGAGUGUAUCUAUACAUUUCCUCGAAAUUAACCCCACAUCCCCCGCAAAAAACAUGCACCCUAAUACUACUGUACCAUACGAAGUACAAUAUUAUAUUAUAUAUUAAAUAUUAAACUAUUCUCUCACUAGA